UGUCUAUCUUUGGUCUUUAUAAACAACGGUGAACCGGUUUGCGAAUCAGCCAUCCAGGUUCAGUACAUCGACGAGGUCUGGUCUGACAAGAACCCUAUCCUCCCUUCUGAUCCUUACCGGAGGGCUUUGACGGGGUUUGUGCAUAAACUAUAGAACGUGAUUUGUUCCUUUGACGGUGGCAGUGGGAUAGAGAAAGUUCCAUCACCAGAGCCAUCAACGGUAUCAGUGGGAUAGAGAAAGUUCCUUUGACGGUGGCUCUAGUUUCUUCCUUUUUAAUCGGGAAGUUUGGUGGUGGUGGUGAUACUCUAAUUGCAAUGACAAAGAAGAAAACACCACAGAUUCUCAAGACAGAUACGACACUAAAACUUGCUGAGAAGUGGGUUGCCAACAUGUCGAUGCCUGCAGAGGAUGAUCCUAUUGAGGCUCAACAAGAAGCUCGACCACCCAGGUCAUUUGGGGCCAAGGAUGAGAUAUUCUGCUUGUUUCAAGGCUCACUUGACAACCUAGGAAGCUUGAAGCAGCAAUAUGGGCUUGCCAAGAAUGCAAACGAGGUUCUCUUGGUCAUCGAGGCUUACAAGACUCUCCGUGACAGAGCUCCUUACCCGGCUAACCACGUUGUGUCACACCUAAGUGGCGAUUUCGCUUUUGUGGUGUUUGAUAAAUCAACCUCCGCUCUGUUUGUAGCCUUUGUCUGGCGCCAGCCUUUGUCUAUAUCUUUUUACGGGCCCUGGACACGUUUCCCCUUCCACGCGAGUCGAACAGCCGACCUCCCCUUCCCAAGGAGGUAGUACCAUUGGACUACA